CUCUCUCUGUCCAUUGUUGUCAAUCCUUCUGCCUUUCGCUUUCUCUCUCUCUUACGGCAUCGUUUUAGUUUCUGAAUUUUUGAGAGAGAAAGCGGAAUUUGAAGACCUGGUAAAGGAGAAAGGUCAUGAAGCAUGGGCAGAGCUAGUAAGUGAGAAAGUUUGAGUUUUCGUCCGUGUUGGGUUUUUCUUUUUAUAAGGCAUCUAAGCUGCAGGAUGCCAUUUGAAAUUAUGGAUACAAGGGGUGGAUCUGCAUCGUCCCACUUCUUCGAAGAAAUUUGCGUUCCUGCAGAGAGACAGAUUGGAUUUUGGAAGUCGAAUACCAUGUCUGAUCACCAAGUAGGAACAGAUGGAAUGGUAGCUAUGUCUGGAAACAAGUUGGUUGCUUCAUCACCGCCGGAAAUUUUUUCACCAAUUGGGGUCCCGUCUGUGGAUUGGAUAGAAAUGCGACAGUCAGCUUUAGCUGGUGACCAUAUGAAAAAGCUGGGCAUUGUUGGAGAGGAAGGAAUUGCAAAUUUGUCUGAGACUUCAUGGAAUUCUGUGAAUCACCAUCCAAAAUCAUGGUCAAAUUUGUCUGUGCAACCAGCAUGUUAUAGUUUAAGUGGAAACAGAAAUGGUAUUAAAGGGAUCCAGUCUGAAAGCAGUCUGUUCUCAAGCUCAUUGUCUGAUAUUUUUAGUCGAAAAAUGAAAUUGUCGGCGAAUGAUGUUCUAUCUUGUCAGCCCUUCAAUACAGUUGUUUCUCACCAUGGGGAAGGAGAGCCUUUUGAAUCCUUGGAAGAAAUUGAGGCACAGACUAUUGGAAAUCUUCUUCCUGAUGAAGCUGAUCUAUUUUCUGGAGUGAUUGAUGAUCUGGGACAUGAUUUUCAUGCCAAUAUUGGAGAUGAUUUUGAAGAUUUUGACCUUUUUAGCAGUGGUGGUGGCAUGGAAUUAGAAGGGGAUGAUCGAAUAUAUGCAGGACAAAAAAAUUCUGAUAUUGCUGGUCAAGGGGGUUCAAGUGGUUCUGUUGUUGGUGAGCAUCCAUAUGGUGAACACCCUUCUAGAACACUUUUUGUCAGAAACAUCAAUAGCAAUGUAGAAGAUUCUGAACUAAAGGCUCUUUUUGAGCAAUAUGGAGAGAUCCGAACUAUCUAUACAGCCUGCAAGCAUCGUGGAUUUGUUAUGAUUUCUUAUUAUGAUAUAAGGGCAGCACGUAAUGCAAUGAGAGCACUUCAAAACAAGCCCUUGAGGCGUAGGAAACUUGACAUACACUAUUCAAUUCCUAAGGAUAAUCCAUCAGAAAAAGAUACUAAUCAGGGCACCUUGGUGGUUUUCAAUCUUGAUUCUUCUGUUUCAAUCGAUGAGCUUCACCAAAUUUUCGGUGUUUAUGGAGAAAUUAGAGAAAUCCGUGAGACUCCAAACAAGCAUAAUCACAAAUUUAUUGAGUUUUAUGAUGUUAGAGCUGCUGAGGCUACACUUCGUGCACUGAAUAGGAGUGACAUUGCUGGGAAGCAAAUCAAGCUUGAAGCAAGCCGUCCUGGGGGUGCAAGACGUUUCAUGCUGCAGUCAGAGCAGGAGCAAGAUGAACCAAAUCUUUGCCAAAGUCCUUUUGAUGACUUGUCAUCAGGACACAUGGCAGUUUCACCUGGUGUAAUUGCAUCUAGCUCCAUGGAUACUGGAUCAAUCCAGGCUUUACAUUCUGCUUUGCGGUCGCCUGCAAGUGCAUUUACUGAAUCUCACCAGAGUUCUAGUGUGCCAAACACUUUGCCCUCUCCAGCAAGAGUGGCCUCUAUUGGCAAAACUUUUGGCCUUCAUGAGGCCAACCACUCUUUGGAUGAAAUGAAGUUUAAUAAUCAGCAUCCAAAUUUCCAUCCUCAUUCGCUCCCUGAGUAUGAUAGUUUGGCCAAUGGUAUUCCAUACAACUCCCCUGGCACUAUUGGUAAUGUUGGUCAGAAAAUUACAGAAGGACUUGACAAUAGGCAUAAUAUCCGUGGAGUGAGCUCAAAUGGGCACCUGAUGGAACCUAGUGGAGUGGUUUUUGGAUCUUCUGGAAAUGGAAAUUACUCCCUUCAUGGAAAUCCUUUUGUGUGGAACAACUCCAACUCACAUCAACAACAUCCUUCAAGUCCCAUGAUUUGGCCAAAUUCGCCAUCAUUUCUCAAUGGCUUGCAUGCUAGUCGUGUUCCUCAUAUGCCUGGAUUUCCAAGAGGACCUACUUUGAUGCUGAACACAGCAUCGCCUGUACACCACCAUAUUGGGUCAGCACCAGCAGUUAAUCCCUCCCUCUGGGACAGGCAACAUGCUUAUGCAGGGGAGUCUCCUGAAACUUCUAAUUUCCACUUGGGUUCUCUUGGAAGUGUGGGCUUUCCGGUUCGUUCUCCAUCACAUCCUAUGGACAUUGCUUCACACAACAUCUUCUCUCAUGUUGGUGGCAAUUGCGUAGAUAUGACUAAAAAUGUUGGAUUGCGUUCUCCUCAGCAGAUGUGCCACCUUUUUCCUGGAAGGAAUCCAAUGGUUUCAAUGCAAGCCUCUUUUGAUUCUCCUAAUGAGCGAGUGAGAAACUUCUCAUACCGUAGAAACGAAACUAAUUCUAAUCACGCUGAUAAGAAACAGUAUGAACUUGAUAUUGACCGGAUAUUGCGUGGUGAAGAUAGCCGAACUACACUGAUGAUAAAGAACAUUCCCAACAAGUAUACUUCGAAGAUGCUUUUGGCUGCAAUUGAUGAGCAUUGCCGAGGAACAUAUGAUUUUAUUUAUCUGCCGAUUGACUUCAAGAACAAAUGUAAUGUGGGCUAUGCAUUCAUCAACAUGAUCGAUCCUCGUCAAAUCAUUCCAUUUUAUCAGGCAUUCAAUGGCAAAAAAUGGGAAAAGUUCAACAGUGAAAAGGUCGCCUCUCUUGCUUAUGCUCGGAUUCAGGGAAAAUCUGCUCUUAUUGCUCAUUUUCAGAAUUCAAGCUUGAUGAAUGAGGAUAAACGUUGCCGACCUAUCCUUUUUCAUACUGAUGGUCCUAAUGCUGGAGAUCCGGAGCCAUUUCCUAUGGGUACCAAUAUUAGGUCAAGAUUGGGCAAACCUCGAAGUGUUGGUAAUGAGGAGAGCCAUCGCCAAGGGAUCCCGUCAGCUUCUACAAAUGGAGAGGAAUCUCCCAAUGGAUCGGAUUCUUCAGGUUCUUUGAAGGACUUGGAUUGAGUAAUCUGCUUAACCAAGGCACUAACUGUAAAACCCCAUAUCAGAGUAUAAAAGCUAUAUCCAUCCCAAUUCUGUAUAUCAGGGGUGGCCUGACGACUUUUUCCAGCUAAUAGAGGAGCACUUUCAGGGUUUUGGAACAAAAACAAAGUGGGCUACUUGCCAAAUUUUGCUGUUUGUUUUGACAAUUUUUGUGUCACUGCCGAAUUAUGAGUAUAGAGCAUCACUUGAUAGAGCUUAAAAUUUUGGAUUAAUAGUCUUGACUAAAGAAAGUUAUGAACUUAUGAUGUACAGAAGUCCCUGGGCAUUUGCAUGAGUGUGGGGAUCUUCUCUGUUUUUGUUUUCAAUUUUGUAUCCCAAUGCCUCUUAUGUAAUUUCAUUUUUUCCCUUGAGGUUUUGGAGGCUUGGGUGUGAUUGCUCAAGGAGAGAGAGAGAGUAAUCUGUUUGUUGGAUAUUUUUUAGUGCUCUUGUCCACUAAAUUAUAUGUACUUUCUUCAUCAAUAUCUCCAAUUAAUUUUUGAUGAA